AUGUCAUCCCAGCAACAGCCCCCCAGAGUCAGAAUCUCAAUAGAUCGAGGCGGGACGUUCACUGACGUCCAUGCGUCAAUCCCUGGACGUAGUGAUAUUAUCCUCAAACUUCUCUCUGUCGAUCCAUCAAAUUACAAAGAUGCCCCAACGGAAGGAAUCAGACGCAUUCUCGAGAUCGCCACAGGCAAAAAGAUACCCCGUGGGCAGCAACUGGAUCUUGCACCUAUCGAAUCGCUUCGGAUGGGCACGACCGUCGCGACCAAUGCAUUGCUAGAAAGAAAGGGAGCGCGAUCCGCACUGCUCAUUUCGAAAGGAUUUAAAGACCUUUUGGUCAUCGGGAACCAAUCUCGGCCAAAUAUUUUCGACCUUUCGGUCGCCAAGCCUGGGGUGUUAUAUGAGAAGGUUAUUGAGGUUGACGAGAGAGUAACCCUGAAAGGAUAUGCGGAAGAUCCCGAUCCUCAGCCGAUAGAGGAAGCGGAAGAUGUCGUCAGAGGAAUUACUGGAGAGUAUAUCCAUAUCCUUGUCAAGCCGGAUAUGAAAAAAGUCAGAUCUGACCUACAGUUGUUAUGGGAUGAAGGAUAUCGGUCGAUAGCCGUGAUGUUGCUUCAUUCAUAUACAUUUCCAGAACAUGAGAAGUUAAUUGGGCAAGCAGCUAGUGAGAUGGGAUUUUCUGUGGCUAUAUCUUCGGAACUGCAGCCCAUGAUAAAGGCAGUGCCUCGCGGUAUGAGUGCCACAGCGGACGCAUAUUUAACCCCGAUAAUUAAAGAGUAUGUCGACUCGAUAUCAUCAAAUUUUAUCGGAGGACUUGCGUCUGGAAGCACGCGGUGCGAGUUCAUGCAGUCGGAUGGCGGAUUGGUGGACUUCCGAAAAUUUAGCGGUCUGAAGGCUAUCUUGUCCGGACCAGCGGGUGGUGUGGUCGGAUAUGCAGAGACUUCCUGGGAUGACGACGAGCAAGUUCCUGUCAUAGGAUUUGAUAUGGGUGGCACAAGUACAGAUGUAUCCCGGUACUCGGGAGUCUACGACCACGUCUUCGAAACCACAAUUGCCGGAAUUUCCAUUCAAUCCCCACAACUAGACAUCAACACCGUUGCGGCCGGGGGUGGCUCGAUCCUUUUCUGGAGGAAUGGUCUUUUUGUCGUGGGACCAGAGUCGGCCUCCGCACAUCCAGGGCCAGCUUGUUACCGAAAAGGGGGACCCCUAACCGUAACUGAUGCCAAUCUUUUCUUAGGUCGAUUACUGCCGGAAUAUUUUCCAAAGAUUUUCGGGCCAAACGAAAAUGAGCCUCUUGACGUGGAAAUCACUCACCAAAAGUUCACAGAAUUAACAGAAAAAAUUAACAGUGAACAGCGCUCAAAAGGGUGGAACGAAUUUACGCCGGAGGAAGUGGCCCUGGGAUUCCUCUCAGUUGCUAACGAAUCUAUGUCGCGGCCAAUUCGCGCAUUGACAGAGGCUCGUGGAUACGACACAUCUGUUCAUCAUCUCUCUUGUUUCGGUGGUGCUGGUGGCCAGCAUGCUUGUUCUGUUGCAUCUGUUCUCGGAAUCUCCCGUGUUAUCAUCCACAAAUACUCUUCAAUCUUGUCAGCUUAUGGGAUGGCCCUCGCAGAUGUAGUGCACGAUGCGACGCAACCAGCCUCAGAAGUUUUUAGCCAGUCGACUGAACAAGAGUUUCGUUCCAAAUUGGAGGAGUUGGCUAAAACUUCCAUAGCUGAGCUGGAAAGUCAAGGAUUUUCACGCAAUAAUAUCAGGCAUGAAAUGUAUCUGAAUAUGCGAUAUGAAGGUACCAGCACGGCGCUUAUGAUUCUAAAAGGCGAUAACUGGGAUUUCGGUGCUGAGUUCAACAAACGGCAUAAAUUCGAAUUUGGUUUCCUUUCGCCUGAUAAACGGAUUCUUGUCGAUGAUAUCCGGGUUCGGAGCAUUGCAUCGUCUUCGCGGCAGAAGGAGAGCAGCCCAUACGCCCAGAUGAAGAAAACUACUUUCAACGAAGUUUCAGCAACGGACAUCAAUGAGAGGGCAAUUGUCUAUUUCGGCGCAGAGUACGGACGGGUCGCGACUCCCGUGCUUAAACUAGAAGAACUCUCGGAGGGCUCGCGCAUUCAAGGCCCUGCUAUGAUCAUCGACCAGACGCAAACGAUAGUCCUCGUCCCUGGAGCAAUGGCAAGCAUUCUGGGAAGUUGCGUGGUGAUCGACCUCAAGAAGAAAGCGCCCGCGCUCGAUGGGUUAGCAACCGCGUCGACAAGCACUGCUAGUAUUAGUCCCAUCCAACUAUCAAUAUUCGGUAACCGGUUCAUGUCCAUUGCUGAGCAGAUGGGUCGAACACUGCAGAAGACUUCUGUUUCGACCAACAUCAAAGAACGUCUUGACUUUUCGUGUGCACUGUUUUCACCCGAUGGAGGCCUCGUGGCUAACGCACCUCACGUCCCUGUACAUUUGGGUUCGAUGCAAUUUGCAGUCCGAUACCAGCACAAAUACUGGGAGGGCAAGCUGGAGGAUGGUGACGUUCUGAUCUCUAACCAUCCGACCUGCGGCGGGACCCAUUUGCCUGAUAUUACGGUCAUCACCCCCGUUUUCGAGAAUGGCGAAAUUGUGUUUUACGUCGCAUCCCGUGGCCAUCAUGCAGAUAUCGGAGGGUGUCUUCCUGGUUCCAUGCCCCCAACAAGCACGGAGCUAUGGCAAGAAGGGGCCUCCAUCGAAGCUGAAAAAUUAGUUACCGGAGGACUCUUCAAUGAAGAACGGAUGAUAGAGUUGUUAUUGAAGGAGCCGGCGCAGUACCCUGGUUGCUCUGGUACCCGAUGUCUCCAGGAUAAUUUAUCCGAUCUCCGGGCACAGGUUGCCGCCAACCAAAAGGGCAUAUCACUUAUCAAUGGGUUAAUCAAGGAAUGUGGACUAGAGCGUGUGCAUACAUAUAUGUACGCAAUCCAAAGUACGGCCGAAAUCGCCGUGCGAGAACUUCUCAAAACCACCGCCAGAACAUUGGGCUCCACGCUUGAAGCCGUUGACCGUAUGGACGAUGGAACACCGAUUGCCCUGAAGAUUACGAUCGAUGGCGAGAAGGGGGAAGCCGUGUUUGAUUUUGCAGGAACGGGUUGUGAGGUUUUCGGCAAUACGAACGCUCCACCAGCCAUCACCCAUUCGGCAAUUAUAUACUGCCUGCGUUCGUUAGUGAAAUCCGAUAUCCCUCUGAACCAGGGAUGUUUGAACCCCAUCGACAUCCGAAUUCCUCCCCGAACGCUGCUGUCACCGUCCAAGGGCGCUGGCGUUGUUGGAGGAAACGUGCUUACAUCGCAGCGAAUCACGGAUGUCGUCUUGAAGGCGUUCAACGCCUGUGCCGCAUCGCAAGGCUGUUGCAAUAACCUCACUUUUGGAACGGGUGGCAAGACAGCAAACGCGGAACAUGUCAAUGGAUUUGGGUACUACGAAACAAUUGCCGGCGGCAGCGGAGCGGGGCCAACGUGGGAUGGACAGAGCGGCGUGCACACGCACAUGACUAACACACGCAUCACCGAUCCAGAAGUCUUCGAGAAGCGCUAUCCAUGUCUCCUCCGGGAAUUCUCCCUCCGAAAAGGGUCGGGGGGUCGGGGCUCACAUCCUGGUGGCGACGGUGUGGUACGCGAUAUUGAGUUCCUCAUUCCUAUCCAGUGUUCGAUAUUGUCCGAGCGCAGGAGUCAUCAGCCCUACGGCCUUCAGGGUGGAGGCCCCGGUGAAUCAGGGAAGAAUUUGUGGGUUAGGCGUGAUAAAGCAACAGGUGAUGAAAUGGUGGUUAGCCUUGGAGCAAAGGCAACCGUGGCGAUGAGUAAAGGCGACAGGAUCGUCGUGCACACUCCUGGUGGCGGUGCUUGGGGCAGCGUGGACGAGAAAAGAAACGUGAAUAGGAUUGUACCUGAUCAAUUCUUGGCGAAGGGAUCAGUUGAUAGAUAUAGGGCGAUUCAAGAAACGAAUUGAGUGGAUGCAGAGUUAUAGAUGCGGUUGCCUAUACUACUUUACGAGACGAAAAGUCAAGUAUUUCCCGAGAUAAUGAAGUUAACUUGCU